GCCAUCCCCUUCUCCGCCAGCAAGGCCAGUCCGCGGGCGUGGAGCGUCAGCCGGUCUAUGGGGAGCGACCACGAGAGGCCGUGGGUGAAGGUGCUGCCUCUCAGCCUGCUGUGCGCUGGGCUGUUGAUCUGGUGCGCGUUCAGGGAAGAAACGGAGAUCGACGAGCGGCUGGAAGCGGUGUUCUCCGGUCAGAUCGCGGACUCCUUAGAUGUGGCCCCAAAAAGCAAUGCUCCCCUGCAGCCGCAGGAGGACAAGUGA